AGUUGAUUGAAUUGGACGUCAUGGAGGUGCAGACGCCCCCCAAUAACAACAGCCGGUGGGGUCCCGGAGAGCACCCCUGGGAUGAGCCGGUGGCCGCGGGGAAGCUGUUCGAAUGUUCGCGGAUUAAGGCUCUGGCUGACGAACGCGACGCCGUCCAGAAAAAGACGUUCACCAAAUGGAUGAAUUCUCACCUGUCCAAAGUGCCGUGCCGCGUGAACGACCUUUACACCGACCUCCGCGACGGCUACAUCAUCACCAAGCUGCUGGAAGCGCUGUCUGGGGAGCAGCUGCCCAAGCCGACGCGCGGCCGGAUGCGGAUUCACUCUCUGGAGAACGUGGAUAAAGCGCUGCAGUUCCUGAAGGAGCAGAGAGUCCAUCUGGAGAACGUCGGCUCCCACGAUAUCGUCGACGGGAAUCACCGCCUGACGCUCGGCCUCAUCUGGACCAUCAUUCUGCGCUUCCAGAUCCAGGUGAUAAAGAUAGAAACCGAAGACAAUCACGAGACGCGGUCCGCCAAGGAUGCCCUCCUCCUGUGGUGCCAGAUGAAAACUGCGGGGUACCCCGCGGUGAACAUCCAGAACUUUACCACCAGCUGGAGGGAUGGACUGGCGUUCAGCGCUCUCAUUCACAGACACAGACCGGAUAUCAUCGAUUUCACCAAACUGACCAAAUCUAACGCGGCGUACAACCUCCAGCACGCGUUCAACACGGCGGAGCAGCAGCUCGGCCUCAUCAAACUGCUGGAUCCGGAAGAUGUCAACAUGGACAACCCGGACGAAAAAUCCAUCAUCACGUAUGUGGUGUCUUUCUACCACUACUUCUCAAAGAUGAAAGCCUUGGCCGUGGAGGGCAAGCGCAUCGGAAAGGUGCUGGACAAGGCCAUCGAGAUAGAGCGAGACAUUAAGCGCUACGAGGCUCUGGCGUCCGACCUCCUCGGCUGGAUCGAGAAGACCAUAGAGGUCAUCACCAACCAGAAGUUUGCCAACUCCCUGCUUGGCGUCCAGCAGCAGCUCCAGGCUUUCACCACCUACUGCACCACCGAGAAGCCCUGCAAAUUCCAGGAGAAAGGGAAUUUAGAGGUCCUGCUCUUUACCAUUCAAAGCAAAAUGAGAGAAGAAAAAUACAAACUCUACGUGCCAAGCGAUGGCAAAACCAUAUCUGAUAUCAACAAGGCCUGGACCCGGCUGGAGAAGGCAGAACACGAGCGCGAGGUGGCGCUGCGCAAUGAGCUCAUCCGCCAGGAGAAGCUGGAGCUCCUGUCCCAACGCUUUGACCAGAAGGCUGCCAUGAGGGAAGCGUGGCUUAGCGAGAACCAGCGGCUGGUUUCCCAGGACAAUUUCGGCUACGACCUGCCAGCCGUAGAGGCCGCCAUGAAGAAGCACGAAGCCAUCGAGGCCGACAUAUCCUCCUAUGAAGAGCGGAUCCAGGUGGUCGCCGACCUGGCCCAGGAGAUGGAGUCCGAGGGCUACUACGAUGUCUGCCGGAUUUCAGCCCAGAAGGACAACAUCCUACGGCAGUGGGAGCUGCUGAAAGACCUGCUCCGGGGCCGGCGAGGGAGGCUGGAGCAGAACCUGGCUCUGCAGAGAAUAUUUCAAGAGAUGGUCUACAUGAUCAACUGGAUGGAUGAGAUGCAGGUUCCGCUGACUUCCAAAGACUUUGGAAAGCACCUGCUCGAGGUGGAGGACCUGCUGCAGAAGCACAGCCUCCUGGAAGCCGACAUUGCGGCCCAGACAGAGAGAGUCCAUUCCCUGAACCAGGCUGCGCUCAGGUUCACCAACAUCGGCGAUUACCAGCCCUGCGACCCCCAGGUCAUUUGCAACCGCGUGAACCACGUGAAGAGCUGCCUGGAGGCUCUGCGCCAGCUGGCCGAGACGCGUCGGGGAGAGCUGGAGGAGUCCCGCCGUCUGUGGUGCUUCCUGCAGGAGGUGGAGGAGGCCGAGGGCUGGAUCCGGGACAAGGAGCAGAUCCUGUCCGCCCCGCAGAGCUACGGGAAGGACCUCAGCGGCGUCCUGAGACUCCUCAGCAAACACAAGAUCCUGGCAGGGGAGCUGAAAGGCAGACGCGCCAUGCUUCAGCAGACCCUCCAGCAGGGGGAGCAGGUUCUAAAAAAGAGACGUAAAGGGACGUCGGGGCUUCGCCAAAGAAUGGAAGACGUGAAACGCAAGUGGGAAAGCCUGGAGAAGGCCUCGGUUGCUCACCAGCAGAAGCUCCUGGAGGCCUCCAACUUCCACCAGUUCAACGCCGACACGGCCGAGCUCGCAGGCUGGCUGCAGGACACCUACCGCCUGGUCUCCAGCGACGACUUCGGCCACGACGAGUACUCCACGCAAACCCUGGUCAAAAAACACCGGGAAGCCACGGAGGAGAUAGAGAAACACCGGCCGGCCGUGCAGGGCCUGAGGAAGCAGCUGUCGGAGCUGGGCGCCGACUACCGGGACCAGGUGGAUGCGCAGAUCAGCAUCGUGGAGGUGGAGCAGCUCUACGGGGAGGUGGCGGAGGUGGCUUCCCUACGGAGCCAGUGGCUUCAGGACGCCUUGGACGUCUACAAGAUGUUUGGGGAGGUUAACUCCUGCGAGGUGUGGAUCGACGAGAAGGAGCAGUGGUUGGUGAAGAUGGAGAUCCCGCAGAGACUCGAAGACGUGGAGGUGGUCCAGCACAGGUUCGAGAGCUUAGACCAGGAAAUGAACAGCCUGAUGGGCCGCGUUCUCGACGUCAACCAAAUGGUGCAGCAGCUUUUGGAAAGCGGACACCCCAGCUCGUCCGAGGUUCAAGCCUGCCAGGAUCACCUGAACAGCCGGUGGAACCGGAUCGUGGAACUGGUGGAGCAGAGAAAGGAGCAGCUGAGCGCCAUCCUCCGCCUGCAGAACUACUUCCUCGAGUGCAACGAGGUGAAAUCCCAGAUCCGGGAGAAGAGGAAAUCCAUGGAGAGCACCCAGUCGGGGACGGGGGAGCUGGGCGGCGUGUUGGCCCUACAGAGAAAGCUCUCCAGCAUGGAGGCCGCUCUGCUGGCCCUCGAACCCAAGCUGGUCCAGCUUCAGCAAGACGCCGAGACUCUGGCCAUGUGCCACCCGACCCAGGCCAUGGAGGUGCUGGUGCACUUCGAGGAGAUCAGCGGAGAGUGGGAAGCUCUGAAGAGGACUCUUCAGGGCUGCGAGGAUUCCCUGACCGUCGCCAGCAAGCUGCAGCAGUUUAUCCAAGACCUGGACAAUUUUCUCACCUGGUUGGUCAAGGCGCAGACGGCGGUGGCCGUGGAAGAGCUGCCGUCCAACCUGGCCGAGGCCGAGAGACUGCUGGGCGUCCACGCGGCCCUCAAAGAAGAGAUCAGCCGCUACGAAGAGGACUACAACAAGAUUCAGGCCGUCAGCGACCUCCUGAGCCUGGAGGAAGCCGACCUCCCCUACCUGUCGCUCCAGCAGUGGUUGCAGAAGCUGGAGGUGGGGUGGAACAAACUUCUGCAGAUGUGGGAGAGUCGCAGAGAGGUCCUCGUGCAGUCCCAUAUUUUCCACCUGUUUCUGAGGGACGUCAAGCAAGCCGAGGCCUGUCUGAACAACCAGGAGUCCACGUUGGCCCACGUCGAGUUGCCCAACACCGUGGAAGGCGUGGAGCUGGCCAUAAAGAAACACCGGGAUUUCCUCACCACCAUGGAGCUGACGUCUCAGAAGAUCGUGACGGCCGUAGAAGCCGGAGAAAGCUUAAUACGACUCGGGAACGUGUUUGCCGACCGCGUCCAGGAACGGAUCGGCUCCAUACAGAAGAGGAGCCAGCGGAACGCGGCGUUGGCACAGAAGUGGCAGCAGCGCCUGAGAGAUCAUCUGCAGCUGCAACACCUACUGCAGGACUGCAACGAGCUGGAUGUUUGGAUCCACGAGAAGACGCUGAUGGCGCGGGAGAACUCCCGGGACCUGGCCCAGCGACCGCACAAAAAAUGGCUGAAGCAUCAGGAGUUUAUGGCUGAACUUUCCCAGAACAAGAGCUGGCUGGAGAAGAUCGAGAAGGAAGGCCACCAGCUGAUCCAGGAGAAACCCGAGCUGGCGGGAGUGGUGACGAAGAAGCUGGAGGAGAUCCGCCACGUGUGGAUGGAACUGGAGUCCAGCACGCAAGCCAAGGCCCAGCAGCUCUUCCAGGCUAACAAAGCGGACCAGGUGGUUCAGAACUACUCCGAGCUGGGCAAGAGGCUCUUCAAACUAGAGGAGCAGCUACAGCCGGUGGAACAGCCGGUCCCCAGCGUCUCCACCGUCAACACGCAGCUGAAAAAGCUUGAGACGAUGGAAUCCCAGAUGGAGGAAUGGUACAGAGAGGUGGGGAUGCUAGAAGCCCAGAUAGCCUCGUUCCCCCUGGACCCGGCCAGCAAGGAGGCCGUGGAAGAGAAGCAGAACGAGGUCGGCACCAGGAUCGUGCGGCUCAUCGAGCCUCUGAAGGAGAGGAGACGGAUUCUCCUGGCUUCCAAGGAGGUCCAUCAAGUGAGCCGGGAACUAGAGGACGAAAUUUCCUGGGUCCAGGAGCGGCUCCCUCUCGCCACCUCUAAGGAGCACGGAAGCAACUUGCAGACGGUUCAGCAGCUUAUCAAGAAGAACCAGAACCUGCGUCGGGAAAUCCAGGUUCAUUCUCCUCGAGUGGACGACCUUCUGGAACGGUCCGGGGCCAUCGCCAGCAUCAGGAGUCCCGAGGCGGAGGGCGUUCGGAUGGGGCACGAGAACCUGCGGGAGGUUUGGGACGCGCUGCGCGAGGAGACGGAUCGGAGGCAGCAGCUGCUGGAUAUCAGCUACCAGGUCCAUCAGUACUACUUCGACGUAGGAGAGGUGGAGACGUGGCUGAGCGAACAGGAGCUUCUGAUGAUGAACGACGAAAAGGGAAAGGACGAGCAAAGCACCCUCCAGCUCCUAAAGAAGCACCUGAUGUUAGAACAGACCAUCGAGAACUACGAGGAGACCAUCGGCCAGCUGUCCAGGCAGUGCCGCACGCUACUAGACCUAGGCCACCCAGACAGCGAGCAGAUAAGUAGGCGUCAGUCUCAGAUUGAUCGGCUCUACGUGUCUCUGAAGGACCUGGUGGAGGAGCGGAAGGCGCGUCUGGAGCAGCAGUAUUGGCUCUUCCAGCUAAGCCGAGAGGUAGAUGAGCUGGAGCAGUGGAUCGCAGAGAAGGAGGUGGUGGCCGGAUCUCCGGAGCUUGGCCAGGACUAUGAACACGUCACGCUUCUCCAGGAGAAGUUCACGGAGUUCGCCAGCGAGACGGGCAGCAUCGGCCAUGAACGGAUUUCCGCCGUCAACCAGAUGGUGGACGAACUCAUCGACUACGGCCACGCGGACGCCGCCACCAUCGCAGAGUGGAAGGACGGGGUCAACGAGGCUUGGGCCGACCUGUUGGAGCUGAUGGAGACGCGAUCGCAGCUGCUCUCCGCCUCCCACGAGCUCCACAAAUUCUUCAACGACUGCAAAGACCUCCUGUCCCAGGUGGAGGAGAAGAAGCAGAGGCUCCCCGAGUUAAAGGCCCAAGAGGGCAAACUGUCGGCUGGAUCCCUACAACGGAUAUUAAGCUCUUUUGAACACGACAUACAGGUCCUCGUUACUCAGGUACGCCAGCUCCAGGAGAACGCCGCCCAGCUGCGCACCGUCUACGCCGGCGAAAACGCGGCCGCCAUAGUGACGAGCGAGCAGGAAGUGAUGCGCUCGUGGAAGGAGCUGCUCACCUCCUGUGAAGACUGCCGUCUGCAGAUCACCACCACCACCGACCGCAUGAAGUUCCUGGGUCUGGUGAGGGACCUCGUGUCGUGGAUGGAGAGCAUUAUCUGCCAGAUCAGUACCGACGAGAAGCCAAGAGACGUGUCUGCGGUGGAAGGUCUGAUGAGUUACCAUCAGGGGUUAAAGAGCGAAAUUGAGACGCGGAAUAAAAGGAUUGUGGACUGCGUGGAGCUGGGCAAGUCUCUGCUCCUCUCCAAACGGCCGGCUUCGGAGGAGAUUCAGCAGGGUUUGGAGCGGCUGACGGCCAAGAAGAAGGAAAUGUUGGAGAAGUGGGAGCGGCGCUGGGAAUGGCUGCAGCAGAUGCUGGAGGUUCACCAGUUUGCCCAGGAGGCCGGCGUGGCAGACGCCUGGUUAACGGCCCAGGAGCCCAUCGUGAAGAGCCCCGAGCUGGGUAACAGCGUGGACGAGGUGGAGCAGCUCAUCCGCCGCCACGAGGCCUUCCGGAAAACGGCCGCCGCCUGGGAGGAGCGCUUCAGCUCGCUGCGCCGCCUGACCACGCUGGAGAAGCUCAAAGCCGAGCAGAACAAGCAGCCGCCGACCCCGCUUCUCGGCCGAAAGGUCUUCCCCGACUCAGCCGACUUCUCCAGCCGCCCGCCGGCGUCCGCGCGUCCCCCCGGCCACGAGAGGCCCGAGCCGGAGCCAAAAGAGACGCUCUCCGUGCCCGACGGGACCCGGCCAGAGGGCCACAGAACCCGCGCCGGGGAGCCCAGGGUGGGGUACGUGCGGCAGGAGACGAAACCCGAGCGAUUGCAGCCGAAGAUAGACCACGUAGACCCCAAAAUGUCCGAGCGGCCGCCGUCCGCUCAGGAGGGGCACAGGACGGAGCGGUCAGACGCCAAAGCCGCGCAGGGGAUGGCCACGCUGACGGUGGAGAGAGCGGAGGGCAGGGGCAGCCGGCACCCCGAGAGGAGGAGGGAGCGGCACGAGAGGCGGCUGGAGCGCCAGGAGUCCAGCGAGCAGGAGACCCCCAAACAAGAGCAGCCGGAACGCAGGCGAGACCGCCACGAAAGGAGGCUGGACAGGCAGGGAUCGAGCGAGCAGGAGGAGAGGAGGAGAGAAAGGCAGGAGAGGAGGACGGAGAGACAGGAAUCCAGCGACCACGAGACCCCGAGAACUGAGCCCGAGAAACACACAGGGAAGACGACUCUGGCGGACAUCGUGGAGCAGCUGCAGGAGAAGGAGGCCUCGCAGAACAGCCCCAGGGGUAAGGAUUCUGUGGCGCGUUUGUCCAACGGGUUGGAGAAGCUUCCGGAACGGACUCCACGGCCCGACCGCCCCAGAGCCCGAGACAGGCCGAAGCCCCGGAGGAGACCUCGUCCGCGGGACCCCAACCAGCCCCCGGGGGAGGCGCGGAGGUCUCGAUCUGCCCCGGCACAGAGCAGCGCCCCUCCCCCGCCGCCCCCCACCCACUCGGUUCAGCAGGAGGGGCAUCUCUUCCGGAAACACGAACUGGACGGGCCCAGCAAGAAAGCCUCCAACAGAUCCUGGGUGAACCUGUACUGCGUGCUGAAUAAAGGGGACCUGGGGGUCUACAAAGACGCGAAGAGCCAGGGCUCGGGGGCCACGCACGGCGGGGAGCCCCUGCUAAACCUGCACGGGGCGUCCUGUGAGGUGGCCAGUGACUACAAGAAGAAGAAGUUUGUGUUUAAGCUCAGGUCGGCGGAUGGACGGGAAUUUCUCUUCCAAGCCAAAGAUGAGGAAGAGAUGAAGAACUGGAUGGCGGCGAUAACCACGGCGGUCUCCGAACACAACGAGAUCGCCCGCUGGAGCCAGAGCCUCCUCACCACCUCGUCCACCGACGAAGGGACCGCCAAGCGGGAGAGCGAGCGCAGAUCCAGCGCCGGCGGCAGGAAGAAGUAAACCCGGCCGUCCUGCCGCUCCGUCCGUCCGUC